AUGUCGGCUCCAGGAAGCGGCUUUCUCGGCCGCUCAAGCAGCAGCAACGCCAACAUGCGAGGCUUGGUGCAGUUCAUCGCCGAUUUGAGAAACGCCCGAGCCCGUGAACUGGAAGAGAAGCGAAUCAACAAGGAGCUGGCCAACAUUCGGCAAAAGUUCAAGGAUGGCAACCUCAGCGGCUACCACAAGAAGAAAUAUGUCUGCAAGCUGCUGUACAUUUACAUUUUGGGUUGGAACGUCGACUUUGGCCACCUCGAGGCAGUCAAUCUCAUCUCGGCACAAAAGUAUUCAGAGAAGCAGAUUGGCUACCUUGCCAUGACGCUCUUCCUCCACGAAAAGCACGAGCUGCUACAUCUUGUCGUCAAUAGCAUUCGGAAGGAUUUGUUGGAUCAUAACGAGCUUUUCAACUGCUUGGCUCUGCAUGCCAUUGCCAAUGUAGGAGGCCGGGAGAUGGGCGAGGCGCUUAGCUCCGAGGUUCAUCGACUGCUGAUCUCACCAACUUCAAAGUCGUUUGUCAAGAAGAAGGCUGCCCUGACUUUGCUGCGUCUCUACCGCAAAUAUCCCGACAUCGUCUCUCCCCAGUGGGCCGAGCGCAUCAUUCAUCUCAUGGAUGAUGUCGAUCUGGGAGUUGCCCUGUCUGUCACGUCGCUUGUCAUGGCUCUUGCGCAAGACAACCUCGACGGAUACAAGGGGGCUUAUGCAAAGGCAGCCGCGCGACUAAAGCGCAUCAUCAUUGAUGGCGAAUACACCAUAGACUACCUCUACUACAAAGUUCCGUGCCCUUGGCUACAGAUUAAGCUUUUGAGGCUUCUUCAAUACUUUCCACCCUCUGAGGACACUCAUGUGCGAAACAUGAUUCGAGAAUCUUUGCAGCGAAUCCUAAACCUGGCAAUGGAAGCCAACAAGAAUGUUCAGCAGAACAACGCCCAGAAUGCAGUCUUAUUCGAAGCCAUCAACCUAAUUAUCCACCUUGAUACCGAGCAUGCGCUCAUGAAGCAGAUUUCUUCCCGACUGGGCCGGUUCAUCCAGAGCAGAGAGACAAAUGUGCGAUAUCUCGGUUUGGAGGCCAUGACACAUCUGGCAGCUCGAACAGAAACCCUCAUACCCAUCAAGCAGCAUCAAGACAUUAUCCUCGGAUCCCUCAAAGACAGAGAUAUUAGUGUUCGCAGAAAGGGGUUGGAUCUGCUGUACAGCAUGUGCGACGCCACCAACGCCAGGAUCAUUGUCGGCGAAUUGCUGCACUUUCUUCAGAACGCAGACUUUGCCAUUCGAGAGGAAAUGGUUCUCAAGAUUGCCAUUCUCACGGAGAAAUAUGCCACUGAUGUCCAGUGGUACGUCGAUAUUUCGUUGCGUCUGAUUGCCAUGGCUGGUGAUCAUGUCAGUGACGAGGUCUGGCAACGAGUAAUUCAAAUCGUCACCAACAAUGAAGAGCUCCAAGUUUAUGCGGCGCAAACUGCUUUGCAGUACGUCAAAUCAGACCACUGCCACGAGACAUUGGUCAAGAUUGGAGCGUAUAUUCUGGGCGAAUUUGGCCACUUGGUCGCCGACCAGCCUCGCUGCAGCCCGAUUGAGCAAUUCAUGGCUCUCCAGGGGAAGCUGUCUGGUUGUUCUCCCAGCACUCGGGCCAUGAUCUUGUCAUGCUUCAUCAAAUUCGUCAACUUGUUCCCUGAAAUCAAACCACAGUUGCUCCACACAUUCGAGGUGUACAGUCACACGUUGGACUCGGAGAUGCAGCAGAGAGCGUGCGAAUAUCUGACUCUGGCGAGCAUGCCCACUGACGACUUGCUGAGAACAGUUUGCGAUGAGAUGCCACCUUUUCCCGAGCGAGAGUCUGCACUUCUUUCCCGACUCCACCAGAAGCACGCAAACACCAGUGACCGCCGUACGUGGGUCGUCGGAGGCAAGGAUGCCAAUUCUGACGGCACCGAGCUCGGUAUGGCAAAGCCGGGAGGCCUUAAGAGGACCUUUAGCUCCGCUGCCGCCAUCAACGGUGGAAGAGCCAAUGGGAGUGCCAAUGGUGCCAACGAUCUUGCGGGCCUGAAUAUGAACGCCCCAUCGCCGUCGGAGCCCAAGAUGCUCAAGGCUCCUAACCUGGCGAGCGCUGCGCACUUGUCUCCUGGCUGGGAGAAGGGUUUCGACAGACUCAUGGUCCGAUCGGAUGGUAUCUUGUACGAAGAUGGUCAGGUUCAAAUCGGUGUCCGAUCCGAAUGCCGCGGACAGGCGGUUUGCAUUAUUGCCUACUUUUCCAACAAGUCACCGUCGCCCAUGACUUCCUUCACAACCACCCUGGAUCUUGACGAGAGCGAGAAGAGCAAACUGACUUGGGAUGUCAGAGAGCUCCCCGACAGUACGAUUGCCCCGGGGGGACAAACGAAACAAGUCACCGUGUUUGAGUCCAAGAAGAUUUUCGACAAGAGCCCGACCGUGCGAAUCAGUUAUCUCGCGGGCGCUCUGCAAGCGGUGACGGUGAAGCUGCCCGUCGCCGCACACAAGUUCAUGGACCCUGCGGAUCUUUCCGCCGAAGACUUCUUCAAGCGCUGGAAGCAGAUUGGGGCGGGAUCUCGCGAGGCACAGGCGAUUUUCGGGCUCACAAGCGGCAAGAGCAACACGAGAGAACUCACGGAGAAGUUUGUUGUCGACACCGUCGAGGGCCUCCGAUGGCGUGUGCUGGACAUGGUUGACCCCAACCCAAAGAACAUUGUUGGCGCCAGCGUGCUGCACACCUCGGAGGGAGGAAAAUUUGGCUGUCUCUUGCGUCUGGAGCCCAACUAUUCCAGCCAGAUGAUCCGACUUACCAUCCGCGCCACAGACGACUCAGUACCGGCAAUCAUGUUGAAACUCACGCAGGAGAGACUCGCGCAGGGGGUCUCAACUAUCCCCGAGCACCGUGAACCGCCCACACGUCAGGAAAUUUCAGAAGCGUUUGCAAACACCAUGGUUACGUAG